AACAAAUGUCACACAAUUUCAGCUAGUGUAAUGUGCAUGGUUUCUUCUCAAACUUAGGCACUCCUCUAGCUCUCAUCACCAUUCGAUUCUUCUCAUCAAAAAUGACUAUCUUGUGUUUUUUCCUUUUCAUUACUUUUUUCUACCUUGUCUGGUUGCUAACCAUAACAAAUGCGGAAGUGAUUGAUUCUCUCCCCGGGCAACCUUCAAAAAAUGUCUCUUUCAAGCAACAUUCGGGUUACAUCGUUACAGAUGAUGAUCAUGGUCGGGCUUUAUUUUACUAUUUUGCCGAAGCACAAUCGAAGAACAAACUUUCACUUCCUCUAACACUUUGGCUCGGUGGAGCUCUAGGAUGCACUUCCCUCGGAAUUGGUGUAUUCUUGGAACAUGGUCCAUUCAAGCUGUCGGGGCAUGACAAAUUGAUAAAGAAUGAGUACUCUUGGAAUUUAGAAUCCAACAUGUUAUACGUAGACGCUCCAAUCGGAGCCGGCUUUUCGUACUCAAAUACAAGUUCAGACUAUGCCGUUUGGGACGAGCCCAAGUCAGGGGCGAAGCCAGGGCAACAAAGAAGGAUGGGCCGGAGCUCAAGAGAAAGUUUUAAACAAAUAUUAAAUAAUAAAAUUAACCACAAUUUAUCAUAAAAGUUGUUAAUACAAAAGAGAUAAUGCAUUAUGCUACAAAGUUAAUUGCACUCGGCAAUCUUUUACUUUAGCAAACUCGUCGAUAAGAGAAUCUAUAUCUAUUGUGCUAACAAGUUUUCUUUCAAUAAAAACUGUUAAAUUAUCAGUUAGAAAGUCG